UCAACCUUUGGGCUCUUUUGUCAUUUUUGAAACGGAAGAAAAGAAAGUCCUCUCCUCUCUCUCUCUCUCUCUCUCUCUCUCUCUUUCAGAUCUACGUCUCUGCUCUCUCGGAGGCCGAGUAGUCCGAGUCAGAAACUCGGCUGCGACGGACCAAACGAGCGCUUUCUGGUUUAUUCUGUUCCUUUUUAAUUGGGAUUUGUGAGAAUAUGCCCUUAGGAUAUUCUUGUUUGAGGUAAUACAGACAUGGUAGAAUUACACACAAACUCGAACAGCUACAUGUGAUUGUAUGCUUAUGAGAAGUGAAAUAUGACGACCAUGAAAUUCCCAAAGCGGUACUUGAUCGUUUUUCUAAUGUCCAUCUGCACAUGCAUUUGCUACAUCGAACGCGUGGGCUUCCCGAUCGCUUACACGGUAGCUGCAGAUGCUGUUGGGGUGGACCAAUCAAGCAAGGGCCUGAUACUGUCGACUUACUACUAUGGAUAUGCUAUCUCACAGCUGCCUGGAGGAUGGGCUGCACAGCUCAUAGGGGGGAGGCACGUUCUGCUUCUCUCAUUCGUGUUGUGGUCAACCACUUCUGCUCUAGUUCCACUCGACCCCAGCCGAGUCCGGAUCUUGGUGAUUGCUCGGUUGCUUGUUGGGGUGGCACAGGGCUGUAUCUUUCCAUCCAUCCACACUGUUCUAGCACAGUGGGUCCCACCCUACGAACGCUCACGGUCUGUUUCCGUCACAAUGUCGGGCAUGUACCUCGGUGCUGCAACUGGCAUGCUCAUCCUGCCAAGCUUGGUGAAGUUUAAGGGCCCACGAUCAGUAUUUUUAGCCGAAGCAGCAUUGGGUGCUAUUUGGUCGCUUCUUUGGUUCAAAUUCGCUAGUGACCCAUCACAUUUAGAUCAACAGAAAGCAACUGCUGUUGGCUUUGGGAAGUCUUCAUUGCCAGUCACAGAUUUAAAAGAAAACAAAGGGGCCUUGCAGAAGACAAAAGUGGAAAAUAGGGAAAGCAGGGCCCAUGUUGCCAAAAUCCCAUGGAAGAGACUAAUUCUCAGCUGGCCCAUUUGGGCGAUCAUAGUGAAUAACUUCACUUUUCAUUACGCAUUAUACGUGCUCAUGAAUUGGCUCCCGACGUACUUCGAACAAGGCCUUCAACUUAGUCUUCAGGAGAUGGGCUCGUUGAAGAUGUUGCCUUAUCUAAACAUGUUCCUAUUCUCCAACAUAGGUGGAGUGGUCGCCGAUCAUCUGAUCACAAGAAGGAUCUUGUCCGUGACCAUGACACGGAAGUUCUUGAACACAAUAGGGUUCGUCGUCGCUGCUAUUGCAUUGAUGGCACUCCCUGUUUUCAGAAAUUCCAGUGGUGCUGUGUUAUGUUCAUCAGUUUCUCUUGGUUUCUUGGCACUAGGCAGAGCUGGGUUUGCUGUGAAUCACAUGGAUGUUGCUCCAAGAUACGCAGGAAUAGUGAUGGGGAUUUCCAAUACCGCAGGGACAGUGGCCGGCAUUGUCGGGGUUGGGCUCACGGGCUGGAUUCUCGAAUCUGCGAAAACUGCCCAUAUGGAUCUUUCAAGUCCAGAAAGCUGGAAACCUGUGUUCCGCAUUCCGGGGUUCCUCUGCAUAUUCAGUUCGCUUGUGUUUUUAGUAUUCUCAACUGGGGAAAGAAUUUUUGAGUGAUGAAGAACAUUUUCAAGCCCAUAGAUAUCCCAACACGUGUUUUGGACCAAUCUUCCAUGGCCCGCCAAUAUUCAUGAUCUGGUAAAGAACUACCCUUGCGAUAUUUCUGCAUUAACAUGUCAGUCAUUCGGCUCUCACACACGUCUUUGUAGCAUUGUACCCCCCUUCAAGGGGUCGAUAUCUUAAUCAACAUCUUUAUACAAAGAUGGUAGGAAUGUUGAAGUUUAUAGUGGACUGUAACCUUGAGCAACGUAGAGCGGCAGGGAAGGCGGAAAUUAGCCAGCAAUUGUGAUAGGGUAAGCCAACCUUCAUUCAAUUGAUCUUUUUUUCUUGAGAGUUUAGUUGAAUUACUUGAGCUAAUACACUCGUGAUUGGGUGUUUACUUGAUGAACUGUGUUGACGAAUUUAGCUGCCUUUUCAUCCUUGCACACUUUUAUGCAUUUUCUUUCCGAAGGAUUCUGAAAGUUGUUGAGGAUUUAUAAGCUCUCUUAUUUC